AGAAUCACCGACAAAGUCGUGGAAUUCACGGAAUUGGAUAAUGGGUAGGAUUUUGAUUUUUUGAAACUUUAUGUGUGGGAAUUUGUUCGUCCAUCAAACCUUGGGCAGGAAUAGUUAUUUGACCAAGUAAUAACCUUUGAAGGGACGCUAAAAUGCUGCGAAGAAGCCAGAAGAAAAACCCAGAACCCUCUUCAACGCUUCAAAUCUCCCACCUUUUUAUAUUCAACUCACCACCGCUGUAAGCGAUAAAUUAAACCCAACAAAAAAUAAAGAAUGUUCUUCUUCUUCGUGGGUGGAGUCAACCAGCAGGUGCGUCAGGUGCUAAAAUCGGGUGCCGGGAGGUGUAUAAACUGCGGGUCAGGAGCCGAUCUUGUCGACUCUGAGAAAGUUGUAAAGGUUUUCUUUGUUCCAGUGUGGAAAUGGCCUGGCAAAGAGCCUCUUAUGCAUUGUAAGAACUGUAAUUUCUUUUUUCCUCCUGCUCUGUCUAAUACUGUUGAAUCUGAAUCGGUGUUGCCGAGUGUCUAUUCCGACGAUCUCAGAUGUCGUUUUUGUGACCGGGUUGUGGACCCUGAAUUCAGAUUCUGCCCUUUUUGUGGCUCUGCUCUGUAAUUUUAAUUCUCUUCGUUUAUUUUCAUUUUGAUCUCGAUGAAGCUUUGGCUUGUGUAAAUGAAGUUUGAGACUAUAAUUUAUAAUGAAUAAAAUAGUUUUUUUUUAUUA